AUGAAGCUGACUGUUAUUCUGCUCAUCACCGUCGUGCUUUGCAGCUCCCUUGGUGCCGGCUGGGCUCACGAGGUUGUCCCUGGCUUCCUGCAGACCCUGCUCCAAGGCACUGCGGAGCAGCUGUACGCCGGGCCCAUUUCUCAACGCAAACUCGACGAUGUGACUAAAGCUGCUCUGACUGCGCUGAAGAAAUGUAUCGGCGAGCUCUCUCCCGAGCACGUCCAGGCCCUUCUCAAUCUGCUGGGUUUCUCGCCCAGGCGGCUGCUAGCCACUUCCCCUCCCCUUCCCCUGCCGGCCGGCAUGUCGUUUGAAGUCUUCCCAUCUCUCCGCACCCCGCUCUUUGAAACGCUGCGGAUCGGCGGCGCGGCACCCCAGACCCCAGCUUACGCCUUCGCCUAG